AUGGCUAUAAAUAGGCUUGGGCCAUUCAUUUGUUUUGAGAGAGUGACAGAGGAAAAAGACACCGCAGAGGGUGAGAGAAAAGAGGGAAGAGUGAAAGAAAAAUACAAGGAGAUGUCGAGAAAAAUAGGGAAGUUUUUUAGUGUGAGUUGCUCAUCUUGUGAGCCUCAAUUGGAUGGCGAUCUUAAUGAUGGACGAUCAAGUGGACAAUGUGAUCAAAUUCAUCGAAAAGUCGAUGAAAACACCGAUCUUGUUGCGACAAGUGCUAGAGACAAAAUUAAUAAAAUGUUAUCCACAGGGGCAGAAAAGGAACAAAGACUGACGGCGGCGCAGGUCCGUUAG